AUGAGUGAGGCCACGCUGCAGCCGCUGAUCCACGCUGGGGAAGGGAGAACUCUGACCAGAGCUGAGUUUCUGUCUCUGAUCAACACCUACAACUGGUUCCUGAAAGACCAGACUCAGCUGCACCUGACCUACACUCAAGACCGGGACGGGCAGGUGACUGUGGAGGGCUUCUUGAACAUCUCGUGGGGAGUGACCAGACCCAUCCGCCUGCAGAUCCAGAACGACAAACAAACCCUUCCUCUGAUUCCUCUGGUUCCUCAGGUUCCUCUGGUCCAAAUAGCACCGUGCAGCCCCAUCAGCCCCCUGGGGGACAAGAGAGGUAUGACGCGGUGGGGAGAGUAUUCAGACCUGCACCAGAUCGACGAGACGCAAGAAACUGUCAUCAGCAACGCAACGCCACCCGCCCCAGUCCCGUAUGAAACGACCACUCUUCGUCCUCAGCGACAAAAGCACAGCGAGCAGGAGGCGGAGUCAAACCUGUUCCGCUGCAUGAGUGACGCGUCAUUGGUGAAGAUGAGGAGGAAGGGGAAGUCUGCGGCCCAACGGGAGAAAGAGCGACAGCACCGCUUCUCCAUCAACGGACACUUUUAUAAUUAUAAGCCGCUUCAGCCACCUUCUCCCGGGCGGACUGCCUCAAAAAGCGGAUCAGAACGCAUGGGGAAGGCUGCCUCGUGCGGCACGGAGCUGAGGAACUCUGUGCCGUCGCUCAAUCUCAAAUUCCGCUUCGGGGACAAUGCACUGUCAUUCGUAGAACUUUUUUAA